CAGAGCACGGAUCGCGAGACAAAUCAAGUUGUUAGUUUUUUGGAUAUUUUGACGUGGGAAAUUUUUUUGUAAGUACAUGUAGUCUCACUCAGGGGUCUCAUUCGUCAUGGGAAGAACCGAGAAAAGAAAAAGACGUUCGAGGUCGAGAUCAAGAGAGAAACAAAGGGAUUAUGACAAAAGACGAAGAUCAAGAUCAAGCUCCGACUCAGUCAGCAGCGACAGUAGCAGUGAAGACAGCUACAACAAGAGGAGGAAAAACCAACACAGACGACGCUCAAGGGAAAGAUCAAGUUCGCUACCGCCGUCCAGACGUCAUGACAAGCACAAGAAGCACUCCAGGAGACCCAGGUCAACGUCAAGGUCGCGAUCGAGGUCAUCCAGCAGUCGUAGGAAAGAGAAGAAACGCAGCAGAGAGGAACGUGAAGAGCCGAGACGAGUGCAGUUGACAAAAGAGGAGAGAAAACAGCAGAAGGAGCUGAUGAAAAUUACAGAAAGUGUUGAGCAAAAGAGGACCCGUAGAUUGGCCAAGAAACUCGCUAAGGAUCGGAAACGCAAGGAGGAGAUGGGCUGGGACGAAGAAAUGAUGGGCUACACUAACGUUGACAAUCCCUUUGGAGAUCCCAACCUAUUGGACACAUUCGUUUGGCAAAAGAAAAAUGAAAAGGUUGGAUUGGUAGGUCUUGAAAACGAGCGAUGGAAAGGAAUAAUGAAGUCAAAACAAGUAGAAAACAGGCUUGAACUGCAGAAGGUAAAACAGAGAAGGAUUGAGAGAGAGAAGGAAAGAGAACAACGAGAAAAAGAACUGGAAGAACUGCAGAGAAUGAGGGAAGCGGAAUCGUUCAAGGAGUGGGAAAAACAAGAAGACACUUUCCAUUUGCAUCAAGCCAAGCUGAGGUCAAAGAUCAGGAUCCAAGAUGGACGAGCCAAGCCAAUUGAUUUACUAGCCCAGUACGUUGACCCAGAUGGAGAUGAUGAUUUAUCUGUUGAGAUGCAAGAACCCUAUAAUGUACUCAAGGGUUUGACGAUUGCCGACUUGGAGGAUUUGUUAGAGGACAUUAUAGUGUACAAGGAGCUUGAGAAAGCCAGUAAUCUAGAGUUCUGGAAGGACAUGACAGUUAUUGCUGAGGAUGAGCUGACCAAACUCAAGAAAAUCACACCCGAAGGGCAAGAUGGAGCUGAUCGACGUGAAGGAAUCAAUGUGUCAGUUAGUGGUGACGUUGCUGGGGUAUUCCUGGCCAAGAAACACAGUCAGUUGUUGGCCUUAAAGGAACAGAUCAUGCGCCGUAUCAAGAGUGGAGAUGCUGGUGUAGAUAUCGGUUAUUGGGAGUCUUUGCUUCAACAGUUGAAUGCUUACAUGGCCAGAGCUAGAUUAAAGGAACAACAUCAGGAGAAACUUAAGAGGAAACUAGCAUCACUAAGGCAACAGCAAGGAGUUUUGAACGAUCCAAAACACUCGCCUUCAGGGUUUCAGGAAUCCGUCAAGAUUGAGCUUCCGUCGGAUUCAGAUGGUGAGGAUCAUGAGAUUAGGAAACGUAUCAAGCAAGAACCAGAAUCAGCAGAAGAGGUAGCAGGCCCCAGUAGUAAGCCAGAUGAUGAUGCUAAAGAGCCAGAGUCUGUCUUGACACAAGAAGACCUUGAGGAGGAAUGUCUUGUUGAGUAUGAGAAAGGUUCCUACAGCCCACGUCUCCAUCAGUAUAAGACUCUUCCCCCGGAGACGUUGAUCUUUGACCCCGAUGAGGACAAGGCCAAGCUACAGCGAGUCCGUCAACAGCUCAUGACUACAGGAACAGUCGAGAAUACCGUAGAGUCUGAGUUCAUCAAGAAAGCGAGAGAAGGGAUGAAUUCAGAAGAAGCCACUUUUGCUGUGGAGGUGGACGUUCAGAACAAACCCUACUUAUGGUCAGAUAAAUACCGCCCUCGUAAACCACGCUUCUUUAACAGAGUACACACAGGUUUUGAGUGGAAUAAAUACAACCAGACCCAUUAUGACAUGGACAACCCUCCGCCCAAGGUCGUACAGGGAUAUAAGUUCAAUAUAUUUUACCCAGAUCUUAUUGACAAGAGACAGACACCCGAGUACACACUAACACCCUCUAAUGAGAGUGAAGACUUUGCUGUGCUCAGGUUCCAUGCUGGGCCACCUUAUGAGGACAUUGCUUUCAAGAUCGUCAAUCGUGAAUGGGAAUAUUCACAUCGUCAUGGUUUCCGCUGUCAGUUCAACAACAGUAUCUUCCAGCUGUGGUUCCGUUUCAAACGCUACCGCUAUCGAAGAUGACCAGUUUCUAACGAGGCUUACGGAUGGUUCAAGAAUGUAGUAGGGACUCGACGACUACAGGUUCAAACUAUGAGUAGCACGCCGAGCAAAGCUAACCCUCUAGGGUUCUUUACUAGGAUCUGUACUCAGUCUAACAAAGUCCAACACCAGAUGGUAACUCAACACCCAAACUGUUGGAUUUUGAUUAUGGUGGUAUACCUGAUUCCUGUAAAGUAUGGCGAGUUUACUUAUCCAACAAAAUAUGAUGUUGGCUUUUAAAUUGUUGGGUGCGGUUAAGAUUUUAAAUUUUUAAAUGCAAUACCAAGUCUACAGUUGCAAAUCAAAUUUCAUAAAGGCGGACAAAAAUAAAAUCAUUGACCAAAAGGACAGUCUAAAUUAUUAAGAAAUAAAAAUAAUAUCUUUAAUAGCAUAAAUCUGGUUAUUUUGGUGUUGAAAUGGCAAAGCAGUUUUACCUUGAAUGGCAGCUCUUUCAAGGAUUUUUAUUUUUCUCCCGGAAUAUUUCAAGGAGCACCAAGGCAGUGACUAGGGCAUGGGGGUACAUGUAUUUGCCUCCGUUGUGCUCUGAAUAUGGCACAUGCUCAAACAAGACCUUUUUGUCAUCGUCCUAAACUUGUACUUACAAACACUUAAAGUUUGCUUUUAAAAUUUUAAAUUAUUCAGUCAUCAUAAACUGGCACCACAGACUGCCACAAAGUAGCAAUAACUUCCAGGCUAGUGUUGGGUUUGCAAGGGUUUCAAACGUGGUUCAGCUGGCAAAUAUUACCCAUUUGCUAGGUAAGUUUACCCCAAAAAUGUCCAAAGCGAGCACAGCUUUGCGAGUACACUGCUAAAAAUGGUAUUCUUGAGAAAAACAUCUUACUUUGAGAAAAUAUGUCUUGUGUCAUAUGUCUUGUUUCUGCUCCAGAGAUGUAUAGGCCUCUGUUUCAGCUGCGUACGCAGCACCCAAGCCGAGGUUAGAGAAAGGCCCAAGUUAAAUUGAGUAAAUACAUGACUUUGUCCACUUUCUUACUAGUCCAUUUCACUCCACUCUUCUUUUGUAGUGUAUGUACAUGUAUAGAAAAAACAAUGACAUAUCUGCUGGGUUUGGUAACAAAUGUAUGCUUUUCACUUUUUGUUUAUAAUUGUACGUACAUUUUCACUGUGACAAUAUUACAGAAUUUUCUCCUUCGAACUUGUACAAUUAUUAUUCCCAUUGGUUUUUUUUUUUCUAAAAUAUUUUAAGAAAUAAAUGCAGAUGCACCAACUGUGUAUUGAA